AUUUAUUUUUAUGAUUAAACAGUAAGGGAACUGAAUUUAGGAUUUCUAUUAUAUAAAUACCUAAAUAAAAUCCUGCCUGCGAAGCCUGUAAAACUGCAAAAGUUCAAGUGUAAAAUUAAUACAUCAUCAAGUGGGAGCAAUGACUGCUAUAGGUCCGGAAUUCAUUGACUAUAUAAAGAAGUUAGAAGAUAACUGUGACAAACUAGUGACUUCAUAUGAACAACCAUUUGAUUUUGAGUAUGAUAAUUCAACAUGUCAUGUCUGUAAUGGAUAUUAUGGCCCUAGUUUUGGGGAACCAGUCUGCGUCACUUGCCAUGCUUUUCUAUUCCCUGAUUUUCCAUCAUACCUUCCAACUUCCUACUUCUGUACUGAAAAAACAGAUGAUGGUGAUUCUGGCAAUGAUGAACCUUCGGAUCUCAACUACAGCUCUGAAAGGAGGUUACAUAGAACAUGUACAUUACCAGCUUGGUGGUAUUAUAGGAACUCGUUAGACAGUGAGACGAGUCCUGAAGAUGAGGUAAGCAGGGCUAGCAACUCAGGCCCGGGUGCAAGCAGUAGCAGUUCAAUGUCAGACCGUGCGGGGCAAGCACCCCCACCGCCUCCUCCACCAAUUCCGAGUCUUGCACGAUCUUUACACGCCCUUUCAACACCACGGCCACCUGAUAAUUUAGCUCCAGGACUAGUUGAACAUUUACCAUCAGAAGUGUUGUUGUGCAUCUUCAGUUACCUGGACGAUUUGUCGCUAUGCGCCUGUUCUUGUGUGUGCACGCGAUGGUGGAGGCUGGUACGAGCCCGGGUGUGUCCAGGACGGUGGGAGGACUUCGCGGCCGCUCGUUGGCCUCUCUAUCGUCCACUCGCCACGCACACCGACUGGCACAAGAAAUAUCAAUCUCUAGUGGAGUCCUGUUUCUGCCGUAACUGUCUGGUGCAAAUGUGUGUACAAGCUCAGCCGGCCGGAGAGGAGAACGCUUGGAGGAGAAACAGGCUUAGGAUAGAACUCAAGAUGCUACGCAACGAUCCUCCGGAAGGCAUAGCGGCGACCCCGCUAGACCCGAAGUGCUGCCACUGGCAGGCGAGCGUUACCGGGCCUGUCGGCUCGCCCUAUGAGGGCGGAGUCUUCUACCUCUACAUUCAAGUGCCAUACUCGUAUCCGAUGAGUCCGCCCGUGGUCCGGUUCCUGACGCGCAUCCUGCACCCUAACGUGUCGCGGCACGGCGACGUCGGCAUCGACUCCGUGCACCACAACUGGUCCCUCGCGCUCACGCUCAGCAAAGUGCUCAUCUCCAUACAGAGCCUGCUCACUGACCCUUACACUGCCGUUUGCAUGGAGCCGGAGCUGGGCGAUAUGUACGUCAGAGAUCGCGCGCGGUUCGAGUCGUUGGCGCGCCGGUGGACCUGGAGAUACGCAAUGCACGACAUAUUGAUAAAUUGAAAUGUCUUCUUCUCGCAUUAAAACUGUAUAAUCUCAGCACUUACUAUAAUUUUACAGGAAAGCGUUUUAAAGGUUUAACAUGUAAUAUUUUUAAUAUUAAUCAUAUUUGCAACAUUUAUUUUUUAUUUUUUACCAGUUACA